ACUAAAACGCAGCGUAUUCAAAAGCAUUAUCCUCCCUCCGGUCACUGCUCUUCUUCUUCGAGAGGCGCCAUGGCUUCUCCUUCUUCUGCUCACCUCUCGUUUCUAGCCGGACGUACGUCGCCGCAUUUCUCCUCCGAACGGCUCCGAUUAUCUCCGUACAGAAGAGAACUCCGUCCACCGAAUCCCAAAUUCCGCUGCUCAGCCGGGCAGAGCGGGUUCUUCACGCGGCUCGGUCGGUUGAUCAAGGAGAAGGCCAAAAGCGACGUGGAGAAGGUCUUCUCCGGAUUCUCCAAGACUAGGGAGAAUCUAGCCGUCAUCGACGAGCUCCUCCUCUUCUGGAACCUCGCCGAAACAGACCGAGUGCUAGAUGAACUUGAAGAGGCGUUGUUGGUUUCUGAUUUUGGACCGAAGAUUACGGUUAGGAUCGUUGAGAGGCUGAGGGAUGAUAUAAUGUCAGGGAAGCUCAAGUCAGGAAGCGAGAUCAAGGAUGCGUUGAAGGGGAGUGUGUUGGAGAUGCUGGCUAAGAAAAACAGCAAGACAGAGCUUCAACUUGGAUUCAGGAAACCAGCUGUUGUAAUGAUCGUUGGAGUGAAUGGAGGUGGAAAGACUACGUCUCUUGGAAAGUUGGCUCAUAGAUUGAAGAAUGAAGGGACUAAGGUAUUGAUGGCAGCUGGGGAUACGUUUAGAGCUGCUGCAAGUGACCAGUUGGAGAUAUGGGCUGAGAGGACUGGGUGUGAGAUUGUUGUGGCUGAAGGAGAGAAGGCUAAAGCAGCAACAGUUCUCUCAAAGGCUGUGAAAAGAGGGAAGGAAGAAGGUUACGAUGUUGUACUGUGUGAUACAUCUGGACGUCUCCAUACUAAUUACAGCUUGAUGGAGGAGUUGAUUGCGUGCAAAAAAGCAGUAGGCAAGGUUGUCUCUGGUGCACCUAAUGAGAUCCUACUUGUACUUGAUGGAAAUACCGGUCUGAACAUGCUUCCACAAGCUAGGGAAUUCAACGAGGUUGUUGGUAUUACAGGUUUGAUAUUGACGAAACUUGAUGGGUCUGCUAGAGGAGGCUGUGUGGUCAGUGUGGUUGAGGAAUUAGGCAUUCCAGUAAAGUUUAUAGGUGUAGGAGAAGCUGUAGAAGAUCUCCAACCAUUUGAUUCAGAGGCCUUUGUUAACGCUAUAUUCUCCUGAGUCACAACAAAACCUGAUUUUUCCAACUAGUAUCCGAAGCAGGCAAGAGAGACAAAUGUGCUUUUUGCCUGAGAUGAAAAUAGAGCCAUUCCUUCAAGUUUCUUGGAUAUGUUAAGGGUCGUCAAAGGGAUCAUCGUGCAAGUUUUGUGAUUGUUUUAACGAUGUGACAGAAUAAUAAAUAAUCUAUGGCACACAAGAGUGAUCACUUGCACAAGAACUAACGAGCCAGAGAAGUUACUUGUAUCAUACAUUACUACUCUGUAUCUUUAUUAAUGUUGUAUUAAUAUAAGCUAUUAAUGUUAAA